AUCUUUCAGAAGCUAAUCAGCUAAAGUAGAUGGCAUCAUCUGAUUCAUCUCUAGAGAUUGCAAAGGCGGGCUGGCUUUGGAGACAGACUUCUUUUUUGAAAAGAUGGAAGAAGGAAUGGUUUGUGCUGUACCAGAACGGUGAUUUACGAUAUUUUGAGAAUCCUGAUAAACACGAAUCUGAGGCCAGGAUUUCAGUUCCUGGAGUUUGUAAAUACAUAUCUACUGGACCAAUGGUUGAUGCCACUCCCCCAGAUGGUAAAUCCAAGGACAGCCUGCUAAGUCUGGUGCUGAAGGAUGGCGAGAUGAAUCUGUGUGCGGAAAAUGCUGACGACAUGAAGGCUUGGCAGAUAGCAUUGGAGGAAGCUCGUACUAUACAGGGUGUCUUUAGGCAGCCUCCCCCCUAUUCUAGUGGUAUAAUGUACCCAGGACAGCAGGAGGUCCAGCACCAUUACCCUAUACAGGUGGGAGGUCCAUCUAACAUUGUGUACACUACGUCCUACCCUAAUGGAGGCUACCCGGGACAGAUCAUAGCUCUGCCUGACGGAACUCAAGUAAUGAGACCUGCGAAUACAGUUUACGUUACCGACCCUUACUAUUACCGGCGACGUUACGAUGGAUCAGACGUGGCACUCGGCAUGUUGGCUGGAGCCGCCGUCGGAUCUAUGAUGUGGGGACCACUUCUGUUUUGGCCACAGUCCUCAGGAGGUGGACACACUUCAGUGAUGAGCGCAAGAAAACGAAAUCGGAACGGGGAUGUCAUUGGAGAUGAAAAUCAUGCUGAGGGGUCUAUUAAGUCAGUGAAUUGUGUUGUGAGGGAGUUAUUUCUCCAUAAUAAGACAGGGAUGAGUGUCGUCACAAAUAAACUGUGUCCUAGGCUGGACAAAAUGCAGAUAGAAAAUCAAGAGAAUAAGGAGAAUAUUCAAAUUAAUGGCAAAAUCCAGCAUAGUGAUAUGCGGAAAUCUACCAAGAGUCCUGGGUCUAAGAAGGUCCCUGUACCCAGAAAACAAGUGCAGCUAGCACUAAGUAGGCCAGCCCCAUUCUCACAUGAUGAGGAGGCCAUAGCAGAAAAUGAGAACUGUGACUAUUCCAUAAAAAUUAGCCUGGAGUUGGCAAAGUCCGGAAAAGCCCCUAGACCAGUUCGGGUGUAUGCUGAUGGUAUUUAUGACAUGUUUCAUUCUGGACACGCCAGACAACUAAUGCAGGUCAAAAUGGCUGUACCCAAUGCUUACCUCAUUGUUGGAGUUUGUGAUGAUGAACUGACUCACAAGAUGAAGGGCCGUACAGUUAUGAAUGAAUCGGAGCGAUAUGAGGCGGUACGACACUGUCGUUAUGUCGACGAACUUCUCACUGGCGCCCCAUGGACGGUCACAGACGACUUCCUAGAAAAACAAAAGAUUGACUUUGUGGCACAUGACGAUUUGCCCUAUGGAGCAGGAGGCACAGAAGAUAUCUAUAAAGGUCUUAAAGAAAAGGGCAUGUUCCUUGCAACCCAGAGGACAGAAGGAAUAUCUACCACCGAUGUUAUAGCCAGAAUUAUUAAGGAUUAUGACAUGUAUGUACGGAGAAAUCUCAGCCGCGGCUAUUCUGCUAAGGAUCUCAAUGUCAGUUAUAUGAAGGAAAAGAAAAUUCAAUUUGAGACCAACUUCAAUUCUAUAAAAGACAAAGGAAAAGAACUAAUAGAUAAGACCAAAGAUAAGGGGCAUGAACUCUUACAUCGGUGGGAGGAAAGGUCGAAAGAUUUCAUUGGAAACUUUCUAGAAAUGUUUGGAAGAGAUGGUAGACUGUCCACAUGGAUUCGAGCCAUUUCCCCUCCCGGCAGCCCCACCCCUGACAUGGCAGAGGGAGACUUUGACGAGGAGGAGGAAGAUAUGGAGGAGAACUUUCUGACCCCCAAGUCAUUUUCCCCGACCGCUAGUCCUCCCCUCAAACGGGGGCGCAAGUCACCAACAGAGGAGCUAGAUGAAGAGACUUAAUAGCUGCUGUCUAGUUUAUUUUAUAUUAUUCCAGAAUCAUUAC